CGAAGGGGAGGAAACUGUGAAUCGAAGAAAUCGAAGAAUUCAGUGGCGAUAAAUAUUUAUUACACUGCUUUCAGAUUCGACUGGUGAAUCCGCGAGACAAGACAAUCGACCUAGGCAGCGUCUCCAUCGGCAAGAUGUCAGUGAGAAAGAUCCCGGUGGUGAACGAGGGUUUAGCAGCGGUGGACGUCAGGUUCGACCUAACAGAAAAUUUGUCCGCUUACGGGAAGUAUCGGGACCGGGAGAAAUCGUGCCCGAUCAACUUGCUCGAUCUCCUCAAACCGGAAUUGGAGAAGGCCUCCGUGGUGGAGACGAAGCGUUCCUGGACAGACGAUACGGAGCUCCAGACCAAAGAGUCGAGAAUGAUGGAACUGCUGCAGAUCCAGCCAGCUUCGGUCACUCUGCAACCGAACAAAAAGAUCGACGUGAUAGUGAGAUACAAGCCUACGUUCAGAAUGCAAAGGUUCACGAAGAAGGUCAGCGUUCAGGCGGCUUCUACCAUCUUGCCGCUGUUCAUCAUGCAUGGAUGCUGCGUCGGGAUGGAAUUCCAAUUGAACGGCACUCUGUUUUCGUUCGGAACGAUCGUCGAGGGUUGCACCAAGCAGUCGAAGGUCGUUCUAAUGAAUACUGGAGACAUCGGCGCAAGGUUCAAAUGGAACACAUCGAAACUGCCGGAAGAUUAUACGAUCAGCCCGGUGUCUGGUUACUGCUCCCCCGGAAUGGAUGUCAACUUCAUUAUCAAGUUCCAACCCUCCCGGCAAAGGAGUAUAAUUGAGGGUGUGGUGAGUGGACGACCCG